AUUGUUUUACUGGUAAUUUAGUUUCUCAUUACUGCUUAAAAUGCUGUUUAUUAUUUCAACUUACCUAUAGUCAUCUGUGAUUAUUGCACAUUAUUUGUUGUUGUUUGUGAGUAGUACACAUUGUUGUUUGCCUGUCUUAGACUUGUUAACUCAAGGACCGCCAUCAAAAUGUUUAGUUGGGAUUUUUAUGUGAUUGAAUGAUUGUUGAAUUUACAGAGUUUUAGUGCAAAUAAUUAGGCCUAUAACAAUAAGUAAAUCGUUUUAGUAGUUUAAAUUUUUAUUAAAAACAUAAAUAGGGAGGAACAAGCAAAUAAAAUCGAAUGUUUUAAACCGGCAGAAACUGUAAGCUUUGUCGAUUCAAGCUUCUGAAGACAUAGGGAAGGAUAACUUAUAGUUCUAAAGAUGUACCACCUCAAAGCGUGGAAAAGAAACCGGGUUUGUCAUAAAUAAGCUUUAAAUAUCACGAACGGUGAAAAAGUUAGAUUUUAUGCAGGUUAUUUUUUCUUAGUUGUUUUCUGCAGUAAAAUGCGUUUCGUAAUGGACGACCGCUUGUUUGAUAUCCGGUUGUUGUUCCACCUUUAGCCCCCACAACUACUUGAAAACAUUUCUGAAAGAUUAAAUUAUAAUACAGUACAAAUAUCCAUUCACGCUCGUGCGUUGACCUUAUGCGUUUUAAAUACCUUUCAAAGUGUUAGCCUAUAUAAGGCGCCUAAAACGUAUAAUGACCCGAUUGUUAAAAUUUUCCCUAUUUUCCAGACCAAAGUCAAUUUUAGAUAUAUUUCAAAUAAAAAACAAAAACAACAAUAACUUUUAAUUACACGUAGACAUCCGACUAAAUCCGAAUAAAUUAGGGCUAUGGUCAAAGACAAAAAUACAAAAUACAAAAAUACGUAUUUAUCAAAUAUACUUCAAACCACAAUUAAACUUUGCUGGAAUAUACUGACUAGAGAAUUAAGCCAAAAUAUCAAUCCCAAUGUCAAAUGUAUACAUAUAAAAUACGAUUCAUUGAAAAUCGGCCGCAACAUGCACGUUUGUAAAUUGGUGGUUUCAUUUUCAGUUGGUUACAAACACAGACAGACUUCAUCCUGCGCAGGGAAGAUGUACGUGACAGAAGUUUUACCUUUUUACCAUUAAAAUGUCUGAUUUUGCAUUUAAAAUAAAACGUAGAGAGGCCUUUUUUACCAUUUUAAUGUCUGUAACUUCGAUUACCUGUAACUAUAAAAAAUAUCUAAAUACUUCAAAAUACUACAGAAUGCCAUAAAUUUACAUACUCCUGUGUUUAGACUACUAGAUUGCACGUAUUUCAAGUGUGUUGAGGAUUAAAUCUCAGCCGUUCUCCACCUAAAAUAUUGUUUAUGUGUACAAACUUGUUUCAAAAUUAAUACUCCGCAAAACUGUCAUGUUGUGAUAAAUGGUAUGCUUUAAAAGCGGGCUGAAAAAAGGAAGACCUUUUUUUGCUAGUCACGGAGAAUUUAAACGUCCGGUUCAUUUCUGCUUCAGUGCUGCGAGUGGAAAGGACAAGCGUCAUUUCUAGGUUAAUUACGUUUCGUUUAUUUUAUUGAACUGAUAGAAACUGAGGCUCUGCGCAAUAUACGCACAACAAUGUCUGCAUGCUGAGAUACGUGACGCGUAACCCUUCUGCAGGCCUUCACCAAUGGUAAAGUACAGAGUGUAACUUUGUUGCAGCCCAUUGGACAGUUAAUACGGAAAAUGAGCGCAAAUGUGGUUCAAUAUCAACUAAAAAUGUAACGUAACACAGGAAUAUUAAAAGUUCCCAAGAAUAAACAAUUCAUUGUUUUUAUUAAUGGCUAAUUUUAAAGUCUCGUUAUAAGAAUCACCGAAAGCAAACAGGCGUGGAAAGCGAAAUGCUUGUCUUACCUACUAGUUCGGCCACUGCACUGAAAGGCCAGGUUGGUAUCAGGUGUCUAGCCUUCUGCUCAGAGGAGAGAACAUGUACAAUAGCAGUUUGCUGUUCAAGGAUCCUUUGAACCAUAGCUUGUCGGGAUCCCCAUCUUGUUGGACACAGUUUUAAGCUGGUGCUCAGGUAGGUUGAGGUCCUUUUGGUCAGCAGCAAGCUCCCUCGUCCACUUCCAACUGUGACUGAAGUAGGCCACAAGUUUUUUGCAGAGAGCCAUAGCACGGUAAAACACGGUGAAUCUUUCAUUGCAUUCCCUACAAAUAAAAUUAUUCCUUGUUAUAAACUCUUCAGUAAAUCAUUUAACAUUCCAUACACUUUCUUGCACUGUUAAUGCUAAAACAGCAAAUAUAAUAUACAAUGACGUGAGACAAGCAUAUUUUUUUUUGGGAUAAGCUUGUGUGUGUUAACUUGAAAAUAUUAAAACAUUUCUAUAUACAAUUCAAACAGUAAUAAUUAAAGGCCACCCAUUUAAAUUAUAGAAACAGUGAAGUUUUCAAUGUAAUUUAAAUUCAAAGGUGUUAAAUACAACCAUUCAACCUUUUUUUUCUCUUUUUUUUAUUAUCUUGCUUAGGUUUGAUUAAGACAUGUUUAUUAAUAUAUAGUAGCUUAUGUGUGGGCUGUUAUUUAUUUUUUCUAUGUCAUUGUAUAAUUAAAUCUUUACAAUCCUUUUUCUGAUUUAUGUCACAAACCUGCUUGGACCCACAGAGGGAUUAUUGACAGAGCCUUUAUUUAACCGUGCUGAUGGAACAGGGACUGGGAGCAGGCAGAGACGUGGUCGUGCAGACAGGAGAUCGGGCAGGCCAGGGUCAGGAUCCGGAUCCAUAGUCGGGGUUGCAGGCAAAGGGGUCGAUAGCCGGGGGGUCCGUCCGAAGACACAGACAAGGCACACGGGGUACUCACAAGGAGGAAGAGCGAGGGGAGGAAGGGCAGGAGGGAGGUUGAGACAGAGCUUUAAUAAGGCAAAGGGUAAGUCGUCACAGGCAAUCGUCAGCCCCGCGAAGUGAGGAAUGGAGAGAACCACCACCUGGGUAACCGGAGAGGUGUUGAGAGGCAGAGGGGCUUCUCUAGGGGCGCCAAUCAGGCAAACAGGUCCAGAGGCGGCGAGCGGUAGUCGUGGUCAUAAGACGUGAGCGAGGGUCGAAAGCCGAUGGGUCAGUCCAACAGGCACACAAAGGACUUGGGAACAGGCGGGCUGGAUGACAGGGGAAGCUGGGCUCAGCAGGACAGGCGGGUCACGGACGGGAGUUGGACUAAGGAGGUAAGGAACAAGAGGUAAGGAUCUCACAAUAGGUAGACAGGCAAGAAACGGGAGCAAAGGGAAACGGAAGACAGAAUAACGCUCAGUAAGGCUUCUCAUUAGCGCAAUACUUCGCGGUUUGUUUGCGAUUGACUCCGUCUUUAUAUUGAGGAGGUGAUCAGUCCCUGAUGUCCUGCACCUGUCUGAUCCGCCCCCGUGGGUGUGACACCGUAGCAUAUUUGAAUUAUACAUCGUUCAGUAAUUAAUUUGUACAGUACUGUAAUUUGAAAAGCAUUUGAAACUGCUGUGCUGUAUUUUUAAAGAGUCAAUAAAAUUUUGUAAAUAGCGACGCUGUCUGCUCUAUUACUAUAUAUUCAUGUAAUAAAUAUACAAAUACCAAUUAGAUGGUAAUUGUCAUGAUCAGCUCCAUCCGCUCCUGAUGUGUGCCACGCCCACCUCGUUACCUCGUGUUCAGCCCUGAUUGUGAUCACCUGUGUCCUGUUAUGUCUAGCCCGUCUUUUGUAUUUAGUCCUCGUCUGAGUCAGUCUUCCCCAGACUUGUCAUUGUAUUGUCCGUAGAUGUCCAUCUGUCGUCCAAUAAAACCACGUUUACCUGAAGUCCUGGCUGCAAUUCGCCUGCUUUCCGGCUUGCCUGAUCCCGAACGUGACAGAAUGACAAGUCUCCACGAAAACACAGCGCGGCAGACCAAGCACCAGCAGCUCGGUCUGCUGCAGGAGGCUGUGUACUGGCGCUCCCAACCCGAAGUGCUGGAGGAUCCUGUAGCCCUGGAGCUGGCCACCCGGGGCGCGGACCUCCUCACCGAGGAGCGCCCGCCCGGACAGCAGUACCCACUCAAGCGGGUACGCAAAUGCCUACGCCGCCUGCAUGAGCGUCUCACCCAGCAGAGAGACGAAUGCGUUGCCCGGAGCCUGGGCGACGUGUUCGCAACGGCUCCGCCUUCCGCCGCCCACAGAGAGAAGAAGCGGGGAAAGAAGAAGGCUGAAACACUGCAGGAAGAGACCCCGACUCUCUUUCUGGGAGCCUGCUCUCUGCUCCCUGCCUGGGAGUUGGCCAGGGAGCACGAGGGCUCACCGCUCCCCUGGGAAGACUUUGCUGCUACCCGCCUGGCCGGCUUCCACCAAGAGAAGCCGCCUCCGUUAGAGGCUUAUUUUCAUCGGCCGGAGCGUCUGGGGCACGGCGGCAUUCGCGCCGUGAGAGACUCCAUUCCCCGGGUCCCUAAAGCCCUUAAUGCCAUCCUGGCACCUGUUCCGGAGCUACCCGCCAUUCCGGACCUGCCUGCUCCGGAUCUGCCCGCGGUAACGCCUGCUGCUGCUGCCGCUCUGCCCGCGGCACCUGCUGCUGCCGCCGCUCUGCCCACGGCAACGAGCUGA